AUGGAGGUUGAGCUGAAUCUCUCGAUGGAUAAUUCCUUUGAGAGUAUCGAGUGUGACGAUUUCAAAGUCGAUUUCAGUCAUUUGAUUGAAGAUGAAGAACCAAAAAAGAAAUCGAGAGCUGGACCGGGGUCCAUGAUACCGAAUAUAUCAUCGAUAGACACUCCUAAUCUUUCACUUCAUGACAACUCAGUGACGAACGACUUGUUCCAAGUGACUAGGGGGGCGCCACUGAUGUCAAAUUCUUCCACGAUGUUGGCUUCCUCACCUCCUCGUAAGAAGAAGAAGAACAAGCAUUUUGAUAUUUUCAACCAACUGUACGAUGUCUUUGAUGACUUUAGUGACCAAGCGGACGAUGACGUCUUUAAUAGCAGUCUGCGGUUGAGCAAUAACAAGAUCGACAAGUUGGUCCAAGAACUUAGUGAAGACGGAUUCGAGCUUGACGAUCAAGUGAGGACGAGAAUAUACAAAGGAAGAUUCAGAGGUGGAGAAUACAACGAGGUUGACAGCUAUUUGGAUGAUAACAAGGAGAAUUUACCCUAUCCAGAUCCAUUGAAGAGCGUGCGACACAAGGAGAACAAUUCAAUCAGGAAGAAUAACGUCAACAUGAUACCCAAAAGGAAGAAUGUACUUUCAUCGGCCAAGUCGUUUAUACCCACAUUGAGGCCAUUGAGCAAUUUGUCGACCAAUGUUACUAACUUCGAGCUUCGCAAUGAUUACGUGAAAGAAUUCAACAAGAAUAGCAAUACUGCUACUACUACUAAUAAUUAUAAUAACAAUAAUACUAAUAAUGCAACCUCGGUUUCAAUGUCUCCUAAGAGGAUCUGUGUGCCGAACCACUUGAACUACACCGGCAAAUUCAAGCCCUCUAUAAAAUAUUCAAAGUCCCUGACAAACAUAUACAUGGUUGACUCACUGACUGGGCUGAUAAACGACGCAACCCAAUUUGGAACGGAACUAAAUGCUUCAAACUGUGAAGGAUUCCCCUUGCCAGAAGAUACCAACGAGAUUGUUCAAAUUCCAACCAAUGAUGAUACAAACAAAAACAAACAGAAGAUGGCCAUAAUCAAAGCAUACCACAAUAAGUACUUUAACACGGCAAGCUCCGCCGCUUCAAGCCGAGAACUGAAACCGGAUUUUCGAAUCGGUGGCUUCUACAGUAGUGAAGAAUUUGAGAAGUUUCAGAGCUCCAUCGAUGCAAUGAAGACUGGUGUGGAACUAGUCCAAAACGAACCGAAAACGAAAGCAAAGAACAAAAAGGGCAAAGCCAGGGUGAAUUGGGCAGAACAAUUAGAGUGGUAA